AUGGCCCCCCUAGACUGGGAUUUGGUGCUGAGUGUGCCCCUCCGAGACGAUGAAGACGACGAAACGGCCCAGCUCUACGACGAUCUCUACGAUCAGCUGAUCAAGGCAGAGGUGGCGCUAGAAGAGCUCGAAACUACGGAGCAGUUCAAACAAGAGAACAAGGAGCUUCUUCGUCAAAUUGCCGAAUUGCAAGAACGAACACGCAGAAGUGAGCGACGCAAAUCACCGGAAGAUGCAUCUCAAGACUUGGGCCAUCUCGAAGCAAAGCUGAAGACGCUAAGAACAGAGCUCGAACACAAGGAGGUGGAACUGGAGCAAGAAAAACGAACAUCCGAAAAGUACGUGUCGAUGCUCAGCAAAGCCGAAAAAGAAAACAAAAGCCUAAAAAACGAGGUUGAGAACCUGCAGUCUGAGCUCCAGGACAAGUUGUACCAACUCGAAAGGGUCGAGUCGGCAGUCGAAAGCUCGCGACUCGAGUCCGACUCCAAGCUGAGUGCCAAGCUCAAGGACAAGAACAAGCAGAUAUCCCAGCUCCUCAGCGACGUUCAGGACGCCGAAAUUGAAAACCAGCGUUUGAAGGACAAACUCGAAGAACUGAAGGCAAAUCUGGCGGACGCAGUUCAGCAGAUGGACGUGACCACCGACGAAUUCCUCAAAGUUCAGAAAGAACUGCAGGCUGCGCUAAAGAAGAACGAAAGCCUUCAACUGGAGAACUCUCAAAUCAUCGAGGAGAUACGCGUCCUCAAAGAUGAGCUCGAGAGAAAGGCGGAAGAGUUACAGAGGCUAUCCGAAUCUUCUGGUCAAGAAACAAGCGCACUUAACGACAUCAUCACCGGGAAGAACGAAGAGAUCGCGAGGUACAGGGAGGAAUUGCACCACCACAAGGAAAGACUGGCGGAACUCAGCCUUAACACGGAACAGUCGACAGUCAACGCCCUAGAAGACAGGGAUCGGCAGAUCGACCACUUGACGAAGCAUCUGGAACAAGCCACCAAGGACAUUGAGGACAACAGCGUCAUCAUCGAAUCCUUGCGCCAGCAGCAAGACAGCAGCGGUGUCGCCGGCGGAGGACAGCCGAGAAGAUCCAGCAAGUGGUUCGAUCUUCAGCAAAAGCUGAGGGAGAAAAGCCUGGAGCUGAAGAGCGCGCAGGACAUGCUCGGCAAGGUCGAGGACGAAGCGAGGCAAAAGGACAAAGAACUCGCUGACGCCGUGAUGGUCAUGAGAAGAUACGAACUGUUGCUCCAGUCUAGGGAAGAAAGUGGUUCUGUCUCGGCCAGCUCUAAUACGUCGUUUACAAUGUCCCAACUGCAAGCCGAAAAGAAGAUGCUCAAGGCUGAACUGAAAGCCGUCAAGCGGAAAUAUUCUAAACAACUCGAACAUUCGGAACUCAAGGUGAAACAGCUCCAGAAGAAAGUAUCGGAGAGAAGGAAACGUUCAAAGGCAACCAUAUCAAGGUCGACGUCUCCUCCUUCAGAAAAACGUCCGAGGACUGUUGAUGUAGGAACCCACACAGACAAGUUUCAGGCUCAUGGCAAUGCACCACGGCAGCCCUCUCCCUUGGAGGUUGACGAUAUCAGUCUUCUGAGCCAGUGUACUUCCCUGGCUCAUCUGUAUCGAGACCUAAUGAACGAGAGAAGCGAUUGGAAAACACGGGUUGAGAAGCUGAGCGCCGAGAAGAUUGAAAUAAUCGAAGAGGUCGCGGGCAGAGCUGCCAGCAACGAACAACGCUACAAUGAACUGCUGAACCAACUAUCGUCGACGGACCCCGAGCUCAAGGAGGGUUUGCUUCGUCUGGAUGCGGAAGCGAAACAAAUCAUGGACAGAGAAGUGGCGUUGCGUCGUCGUUGUGCCGUGUUAGAGAACGAGCGCGCCCUCUUGCAGAGCGAGAUCUCCAGACAGACGUCGCUGAGUUUUCUCAAAGAUGACAUAAUUCUGGAACAGCUCGGACAAGUGGAAGAAAUGGCGUCCCUACGCAUUAAGUCUCUCCAAAACUGUCUGGAGCAGACGGUGCCAAAAGAAACCUUCCAGUCACUUUAUCAACAGCACGCCCUUUUGGCCCAAAAAUUCAGAAAUGUAGUGGAAGAAUUAACGGAGUCUGGAUAUUCGGACAUCAAUGACCUUGUGAUUUUUGUGCCCACACUUCCGAAAGGGCAACUCAAACAAAAGCUCGUCGCGGCGCAAAUGAGCGAAUCUUCGGCGCUACAGGAGACCGAGAAACUCAAGACUCUCUUGGCGAAAGUCCACGCAGAGCUACAGACACUUCAAAAGCGCCACGAGGAUCAGGGCAGCGAGCUGCUCAAGGCUAAGCUCGAGACCCACGUCAGGGUGCAGCAGCUCUCCAAAGUUUUGAAGCAACUGAGGUUCGAGUACUGCGGCAUGGUGCCGCUGGACAGGCAGGCGAAGCUGCUCGGCAAGAUCGCCCAGCUCAAGUCCGAAAACAUGCGCCUGCGAUCGGCGAAGCCAUCCGAGCCGCGAGUCACGGCUCCUCCUGGUAGACGAGAGACCGAAAGCGAACUCGACAAGGAACUGGACGGAGCAAAUUUACCAGAGCGUUGGUCUUCCGAGGCGUUCCAGGAGGCCUUCUCGUUUCUGAAAACGCACGCCACUCAGCUGGAGUCCGAAAACCUCUUGCUAGAGCAGGAACUUCACAAGAUGCAACUGCUGCUGCAAGAAAACGAGAUGGAACUUAAUUCCAUCAGGAAGGAGUUGCUGUGCCUGCAGGAAAACCUUCAGCCUGAAACUUCGAAGGAUCAAAACAACCUCAUGGAAUCCUUGAAGGCUCAGGCUGAGGAGCUGCUGAGCCUAAAGCAAAACGCAAAGUUGUUACAAAAGGUGAGGGAAUAG